CACGUUUUCCGGCCACCUCCUCCCAGCCCCCGGGAGCGCCCGGGUCCGGGCCAGCGGGCGGGACUGGGGGCUCGGCCCGCCUUACCCUGAGGUGCUGGGUGCCUUCCAGUUGGCUGCGACCAGCGGGGACUUGUCCGUUGGCUGCUGUCGCCUGCGCCUGGGCGGGCCGGGAGGCUGAUCGGUGCUGCUGAGAGCGGUGUGAGGUGCUGGGUGGCGCGCGGUGGCUGCUUCCACGUCCUUGCUUCACCUCAGAGAGAAGAAAUGGAAGGACUUUCUGAUGUUGCUUCUCUUGCAACUAAACUUAAAAACACUCUCAUCCAGUACCACAGCAUUGAAGAAGAUAAGUGGCGAGUUGCUAAGAAAACGAAAGAUGUAACUGUUUGGAGAAAACCCUCAGAAGAAUUUAAUGGAUAUCUCUACAAAGCCCAAGGUGUUAUAGAAGACCUUGUCAAUAGUAUAAUAGACCAUAUACGCCCAGGGCCUUGUCGUUUGGAUUGGGACAGCUUGAUGACUUCAUUGGAUAUUUUGGAGAACUUUGAAGAGAAUUGCUGUGUGAUGCGUUACACUACUGCUGGUCAGCUUUGGAAUAUAAUUUCCCCAAGAGAAUUUGUUGAUUUCUCCUACACUGUGGGCUAUAAAGAAGGGCUUUUAUCUUGUGGAAUAAGUCUUGACUGGGAUGAAAAGAGACCAGAAUUUGUUCGAGGAUAUAACCAUCCCUGCGGUUGGUUUUGUGUUCCACUUAAGGACAAUCCAAACCAGAGUCUUUUGACAGGAUAUAUUCAGACAGAUCUGCGUGGGAUGAUUCCUCAGUCAGCAGUAGAUACAGCCAUGGCAAGCACUUUAACCAACUUCUAUGGUGAUUUACGAAAAGCUUUAUUAUAGGCAAAAUGCGUUCAAACUUGUAGGACUAUGGAUCAACUCUGUCUCUCAGCCACAUGGCCUGUAAAAAUCAUUGAUUCCACUCUUCUGCAUAGCCUGUAGAAAAAUUUGGUUUAGUAGUACAUUCGGUUUUAUUCCUAAAAUAAAUAGCUAUCUAAGAGAGGGCAUUUUCAUUUUCUUUCUUUUUUAAAAAAAUUUUGAGACAGAAUCUCACUCUGUUGCCCAUGCUGGAGGGCAGUGGUGUGAUCACAGCUCACUGCAGCUUUGAUCUGACUGUUCAAGGGGUUAGUCUACCUCACCCUUCUGAAUAGCUUGGACUACAGGUACACACCACCAUGCAUGGCUAUUCCUUUUUUAAAUUUUUUGUAGAGAUGUGGUCUCACUAUGUUGCCCAGGCUGGUCUUGAACUCCUGACCUCAAGCGAUUCCCCACCUCAGCCCCCCAAAAUGUUGGGAUUAUGGGCAUAAGCCCCCAUUCCUGGCCCCAAUUUAAAAUGUGGAAUUCAGUUGCUAUCCAAAUUUUGAGUCUCUUAAAAGUGUCAGUCUGUAACUGGAACAAAUACAUUUCUUAGAUUUAUCCAGUGCCUAGAUAUCAUUUUAUAAUAAUUAGAAUGGAGUAUUGUGGGUCCCCUAAUUAAUUUUGUGGCUGCCUUAAAUGAGAUUUUCUAAAUGAUUUUCACAUUCUAAAUGACUUUGGGUUUUGAACUAUCCAUCUAGUUUACUUCUAAAAUGAGAACUUAAGGCAUUUCAGCGUGUGCAGGCAAAUCUUUGUAUAUAUUUAUCUGUUUGUGUACGUGCACACAUCUUGAAAUCCAUUUCAAUGUUUAAUGUUAGUCGUUUAUGUGUUAGCAUUUCUGUGUCUACUGUUUUGUUGUUGCUAAUAUGGGUAAAAUGAGCCCUGAAAUACAUGCUAAACAGGCCACAGAAUGCACAAAAGUAUAUAGUGUUUCAAGUGCAUGAUGGUUUGAUCUGUGUUUUACUUUAUUGAGUUUUCCUGGGUGUAAAGAAAGAAUAAAUCAGAGUUCUUCAUACCCAUUUUGUCAAAGUGGAAGCUGUUUUUCACUUUUGUUUUUAUUUAGUUUUUGCUACUGGAGAUGAUAGAUUUCAAAAAACAAAAGGUGGAUGCACAAAGGAUUCCGUAUUCUUAAUGGCUUAUUAAUUACCAGAAUCCUUUUCUAAAUUGAAUGUACUUUUGAAUUACUAGAUUUCUGUUUCUUUUAUUCGUUCUGCAAUAGUGAAAGAAAACUCAGUAGUUUAGUUUCAGUUUCCCAUGGUAAUGGGUAAAUGUUAGUUUUGACUUCUAUUUUGUUCACUUAUUUAUAUUAGUAUAGAGUAGUAAGUCUCAUAUUCUACUAUUCUAUCUAGGAUGGUGAAAUUCCAAAGGUGCCUAACUUGGGUAAGGGAUUUGUGACAAGAUUGUAUACAUUACUAUAAGGGCUAUUAUUUCCUAAUGUGGAGACCCCUAAAAGCAAAUAAACUGCCCACUAUCUCUGCUUUAGUGCCCUCUCUGUCCUUAUCAACAUAUACUUCCAAUGAGUAAUUACAUAAUUUACUAUUAAACAUGGAUCCACUCCAGGUAAAAUUACCCUCAUGGAAAAAUUUUCAUUGUGAAGAUGAUGAAUUUAAAAAUGAUGUUUGAAUCACCUUAAAAAUAUGUGCAGCUUCUAGAUGGGCUCUUAAAUCUGCUGGGCUCUAGCUGUGUACUUUAGAAAAAUAAAAACAGCUUUAUUGAUAUAUAAUUUACAUACUAUAUAAUUUACCCAUUUUUAAGUGUCUAAUUCAGUGAGUUUUUAAAUACAUAUGUAGAAUUGUGCAGCCAUCAACACAAUCUGGAUUUAGAACUUUUCCAUCAUUCCGAAAGAUUCCUUUUGUCUUUUUUGCAGACUCAUAUCUAACACAAAUCUAAAGUUUCUCACUGUUGCCAGGAUAAUUACAACAGGUUUUGUUUGGUUUUGUUUUGAAGAUUGGAGGUGCUUAUAAUUCUAAGCUCAGGAAUCUUGUGAUUAUGUAUUAAAUAUGUUAUCUUAUACCAUAAUGAUAUAAAUGCUUAAUGAUGUGGGUUGAGAUGGAUAUUAACAUAAAUAAUUGAGUCUGCUGCUUCUAUAGCAAUGCUGUAGGGUAGAAAAAUAAUGUAAGUGAUAUAUGUAAUUUAAAAAAUUCUAGAAGAAACAGCUGAAGUUAAUUUUAAUAUUUUAUUUAACUUAAUACAUUCAAAAUGUUAUAAUUUUAACAUGUAAUUGAUAUAAAGAUUUAUUUUGAUAGUUUGUAUUGUUUCUUGUACUAAUUCUUUGAAAUCUGGUAUGCAUUUUACUAAUUUGGGCAAGCCACAUUUUAAGUGCCCUUAGCCACAUGAGGCCAGUGGAUACUGUAUUGAAUAGCACAGUCCUAUAUUUAUUAAUUUGUCUUGUCAUAAGAUGAAAUAGACAAUAAUAUGAAAUAAUAUCUUAAAUGGAAAUCUUUUCUAGUCUCUAGAUUCUUUGCUUGCUAAAUAGGACAUCUAAACUUUAGCUAUAAAUCAGUUAGUAGUUGCCAGUGAAAUAAAAUUGCCAAAAAAUAUUUUCCUUCAAAGAUAAGUAACUUUUGAUAUGGCAGUUGAUGAAAUGAAAGAAUAUAAUCUGCUUUGUUGUUAGAUGGUUAUUUUCUGUAGCUUAUAGGUAGUAUAUAUUAGAAACUUGUGUAUGUUGGAAAUAUUUGGCAUAAUACUGUUUUCAGUACAUAGUAGCUAUUUUUUAAGGAAAUUAGUUCCAUACAAGAAAAAACUUAUAAUAAAAGUGAUACUUUUGCAUGACAUAUUAGUUUGUGUUAAUGACUCUUAGUUAAACCUUAAAGUUUAAAACAAUAUUCAGAAAAAAUGAGAAUCUAGCAUUCUGUAGUUAACUAAUCUAUAAUAUAAAUUGCUAAAGUACUAGUGGACUUGUAAAUGUUAAAAUUUUCUUCAUUUCAGUGUUUCUUGAGGUUGGAUAUAUUUGAAAUUGUAGAUUUCUAUGUGCAAAAUAUCUCCUAGUUAAUAGAAUUUUUUUAUUCCCCUCCCUUCAGCCUCUUCCUUUUCUAACUGAAGGGCAUUUUAUCAACAGUAGUGUUGAAUUCAAUUUAUUAAUUGAAUUCAAGCUAAACAACAAUGUAAUUGAGGUUGUAUCUGGAGAAGAUAGGAAAACAUUGCACAAUUUAAGCCCCUAAUUGUCUAUUGAGCUUUUAUGUCUGAGUAAUUGCCUGUAAUACAGAUAAAAGCUUUUUUACCUCUUUGCUCAAGAGUGUACUACCAUCUUUCGAAUCAGGUGUUUAAAUCCAGUUUCUUUUAAGUAAAUGGGGCUGUAGCGAUCCCACCCUAUACAGAAAUCAGCAGAACCAGAGAAGCUAAGGGGCUUGAUCAGGUUUCCCUUAGAACCUGUGUUGUAUCAUUACCUGCCUGGUGUGUCUUCCAUGUCUUUCUUAUUCAACUUCUAGAAGUAGAGAAGGUUAGGACUUCAGUGUUGAAGAAACGUCAGAAUAAUUUCAAAAAACAGGAAGUUGGAAUUAUAAUUUUUAAAUUAUUGUAUUGUUUUUACAGAGUUUACAUAUAUAAAUAUUAAAAUUUAUCUCUUGCAGUUCAAUAAAAGCUAUAAUAUAGAUUUUAUUUUUAAGAAAUUUAUAUAAUUAUUUUAUGAACCAAUAUGUAAAACUAGAAUAUUUAUUUAUGAAACUAAUAAAGAAUAUGUAUUAGUAUCAAUAAAAUAUGAAUUUUUAAAUUGCUGUGAAAUAAAAUAAAAAUUUCUAGACACUCUUAAAA